AUGGAUCGUGGCAGAAGGUUCGACGACGGCGAAGUCGUCCGAUACGGCGCAGGAGAAUCAUGGCGUCCGACACCACGAGGAGGCGAGCGCGAACGAUCCCCGCCACCACCACUCGCACCCCCCCCUCAUCCGCGACGCGGCGGCGGCGGAAUCAGGAGCCCUAUCGGACGUGACAGCCGCGACAGAAGAGACAGCCGCGACAGAAGGGAUAGCCGCGACAGGAGGGACAGUCGUGAUAGGAGGGGUAGUCGCGAUAGGAGAGACAGCCGCGACCGUGACCGUGACCGUGACCGUGAUCGUGACCGUGACCGUGACCGUGACCGUGAUCGUGACCGUGAUCGUGACCGUGAACGCCCACGCAGCCCCCUCCCCUCUGGCGGAUCAGACAGCUACGUUCCUGGACGGUAUGGCCCACCACCACCGAGGUCGUCACGCCGACGAUCAUCGAGCAGAGGACCUCCGCCGCUCCCCUCAGGGCCGUCAUCAUCUCUGACCGGCGGUGGCAUGGGAGACAGAAAACGAUCUUGGUCGCCGCCUGCGCACCGCCGCGAGAGGAGCCCAACUCCCCCAUCUGCAGGAGGACCAGGACCGCGAGGAGGCUCAUAUCGUCCGUCCCGGUCACCAAGCAGACGCCGGUACCAGUCGUACAGGAUAUCGCCGCCACCGCCGCAAAGAGAUUCGUCGACAUUCAACAACAAUAACAACAACUCACAGCCCGCUUCACAGAGGGCGUCGCCGCGACCAGCAUCAAUCCGUGCGGGCAAAUCACCACUCGCAUCGGGCGAGCAGUCGCCCGCCACGAUACUACAACAAACCCCCUCUGCACCUGCUGCACCUCCCGUGCGUCCCGCGCCGGCACAGGUCCGGUCCCCGCCUCGUGGCCCGGCAGCGCUGAGAGGCGCUCCGCCUACUGGCCCAGCGGCGACACGCAAGCCAUCCCUCUCGUCGACUGUGACCCCGAAGCAGCCUUCCCUGCCACGCUCCGACAGCAGUCCUACCAUUCCGCCUGCCGGGCCGAGAGGCUACGUACCCCCUUCCUCACGGGGCAGCUUCUCACGCCCCAGUAGCGGGUGGAACAACCAGAACGCGCCGAACGUGCCCACCGGUCCCCGGGCAACCACGACACCUACGCAGGGACGACCGUUCAACCCGCCCACUGGGCCGGCGGCCGGCCCCAACGCCAUCUCCGCCUCGUCAGCAUCUUCCGUCCCUCCCCCGCCCCGCCCGACACUAGCCCAGAGCAUGAUGGCCUCCAUGCCGCCCAUCAUCCCCGGUGGAAAGCUGGAUAGCUCGAUGGCGCCGCUCAUCUCGGGCGUCACGCGCGACUUGGAGCCCCACUACAAGAAGCUCCGCGAUGAGGAGGAUAGGAUGCGCGAGGAGCUGCGCCUCAAGUCCGAGAGGCUGCGCAAGAAUCUCUACCUCUGGGACAGACUGGGCAGGGAGUCCCGGGCUUGGGAGAUGAGGAGCGACUUGAGUGAGAGGAGUAUGAAGAAUCUUGCCGGGGAGGGCAUGGGAGGAGCAGCCUUUUGA